AUGAAUUUAGCGUUAUCAGCUGAUGAUCAUUUGGGCUAGCCUUCUUCGUCUCCCUAUAGUAAGAAAAGAUCAAACUAAGAGGAAAUAGAACUUCAGAAAUUUGAAAGAAAAAACUAGGAGCCCUAGUUUCCCAUAACUUUGGAAGAUGAGUAGCAGGAGCAGCACAUGCGGAGGAAGAUGCAAAUCAUGAUUGAAGCCAACUCUGUAAAAGUUGAUGAUGAAAUCUCAUCAAGAAGGUUAGAUGAAGACUAAGUAAAGCAUUAAAGAUUAAGUAUCGUCUCUGAUUCAAGUACAGAGAAUAAUUCUGACCUUCCUUUCAUGAAAGAAUAUAGUGUAAGAAAUCAAACCAUCCUAAGAGUUGUAUUCUCUUGUUGUUUCCUUUUGCUACUUUUCUAUUCAAUGUUCAAUGUUGAAAGGGUAGAUGUUAUAACAAGGGAUGAGUGUAUGAGAGACUAUAGCUUCAAGGUAACAGAGACUAUAAAUAAAUACUUGAUUGAUAACCUUGAUAUAAAAAACAGAUACAUAAUCUUCUGUUCAUUUAUGAUGGAUCUCAUGAUUAUAAUCCUUAUGGCUUUAUUCUACUUAUACUGGAAAACAUAUCGUUUGAUGUUUGCUUACAUCUUGUUUUUUGUUUGCAGAGCCAUUUUAUAGAAAAACUUCUUUAUGACAAGACUUGAAGGCUUUACUUUCUUCGACCCCGGUAUGUAUUCAAUAACAGUACCUUAUCAUGAUGUGAAUGAUUUCUUUUACUCUGGACAUGUGGGAACAUGCAUGCUUGUUUAUUUAGAAUUCAGAUCGGCCAAGUACUAUAAUCUAUCUAGAUUAAUUAUGUUCAUCUUAAUAAAUGAAUGGCUUAUGCUAUGCUUCGUCCGUACUCAUUACAUCAUCGAUUUAGUCACAGGCGUCAUUUUCGCUCACUAUAUGUUUCAAGCCUCAGAAAAAAUAAGUUUUAUUUUCGAUCAAGUUCUGAUUCGUAUACCUGCCAAAAAGCGCUUUAGAGAAUACUAUAAGCCAUGCAAAUGCUGUGGAUGGGGUAAUAUGUAUGCUGGAGAUUUUAUUGAUUCAAAAGAACAAAAGAUUCUCAAAGUUUUGAAUUCUGAUUCAAGAAAAUCAGAUUUUCUUAUCCACAAAGGCAAAAGUUUGAGUUCGAAUGAGAUUGAGCAGAAUAACUUUGAAAUAGGAAAAGAAAAAUCAAUUAAGAAUAAUAAAUUAGGCGACUAUUAUGUGGGACCUAACAUGAACAAUUAGUACUAAAACCACGGUAACAACAAUAAAAUCGAUAAAGUAGGCAAGUAUGCAAAACAGCUUGAUGAUAUUUGA